CAGCGGAAGCCAACUGAACGGCCUCGAAGUAGCCAGCUUAGGCCUCUCGGCGACUUCCCGGGCCCCACACUCCAAGAAAAAAGCCACAGUCCCCGCGCCGCUGGCCGCGGAGCCCCUGACCCCACCUUCCAGGCCCUUCCGGCGGCCGCCGCCCUUUAACCCCCGGAAGUGGGCGGGAGAGGAAGCGGCUGGUGAUGCUGGAACAAAUAUGGCCGCCCCGGCGCCCGUCGGCUCUUUGGGCUCCCGCAGUCCUCGGCUGACCGCCGGCCUUCGGCUGUUCCCACUACUGGGGCUGCUGCAGCUGCUGGUCGAGCCUGGCCUGGGCCGCGUCCACCACCUGGCGCUCAAGGAUGAUGUGAGGCAUAAGGUUCAUCUGAACACCUUUGGAUUCUUCAAGAAUGGGUACAUGAUGGUGAAUGUCAGUAGCCUUUCAGUGAGUGAGCCUCAAGGAGCCACAGACAAGGACGCAACUAUUGGAUUCAGCCUAGACCGCACAAAGAAUGAUGGAUUUUCUUCUUAUCUGGAUGAAGAUGUGAAUUACUGUAUUUUAAAGAAACAGUCUGCCUCUGUCACCCUUCUAAUCCUAGACAUCUCCAGAAGUGAAGUGCGAAUAAGAUCUCCACCAGAAGCUGGUACCCAGUUACCAAAGAUCAUCUUCAGCAAGGAUGAGAAAGUCCUUGGUCAGAGCCAGGAGCCUGGCGUUAAUGCUGUUUCAGCAGGGAGCCAGACUCAGAAAAAACAAGACAGUGGAAAGUCUGAAAGAAGUACAGUGGAUUCAAAGGCAACAGGAGAGAAAUCCUUUUCUGUUCGUAAUAAUGAUGGGGCAGUUUCAUUUCAGUUUUUCUUUAACAUCAGCACUGAAGACCAAGAAGGCCUCUACAGUCUUUAUUUUCAUAAAUGCCCUGGAAGUGAAGUACGGUCUAACGACAAGUUUUCAUUCAGCCUCGAUAUCGAGAUCACAGAGAAGAAUCCUGACAGCUACCUCUCAGCGGGAGAAAUUCCUCUCCCCAAAUUAUACAUUUCUAUGGCCUUUUUCUUCUUGCUCUCUGGGACAAUCUGGAUUCACAUCCUUCGAAAACGACGGAAUGAUGUAUUUAAAAUUCACUGGUUGAUGGCCGCCCUUCCUUUCACCAAGUCUCUUUCCUUGGUGUUCCACGCAAUCGACUACCACUAUAUCUCCUCCCAGGGCUUCCCGAUCGAAGGGUGGGCUGUGGUGUACUACAUCACUCACCUCUUGAAAGGGGCCCUGCUGUUCAUCACCAUCGCACUCAUUGGCACCGGCUGGGCUUUCAUUAAGCACAUCCUUUCUGAUAAAGACAAAAAGAUCUUCAUGAUUGUCAUCCCGCUUCAGGUCCUUGCAAACGUGGCCUAUAUCAUCAUAGAGUCCACCGAGGAGGGGACGACUGAGUAUGGCUUGUGGAAGGAUUCUCUGUUUCUGGUGGACCUGCUGUGCUGUGGAGCCAUCCUCUUCCCGGUGGUAUGGUCAAUCAGACAUUUACAAGAAGCAUCAGCAACAGAUGGAAAAGGUGACAGCAUGGGACCUCUUCAGCAGAGAGCGAAUAUGAAAACCGGAAGUCCUGCAGGCACACCAGGACUUUCGUUCCACCGUUCUCGGGGACAUACCAUUAAGAAAGCACCCAUGUCUCGUCAGCAGAUAUCACAAGCCUCUGAAAGAGGGACAGAGUUGAUUAGAAUAGGGUGUCUUCUCCAUUCGUCCUCUUUCACUGAACUGGUUUAGGCUGUGGGGUGCUUUGGAGCCAAUCCACAAACGCAUAUUUCACUCUGAACUUGGAAGAGUGGUUAUGCUUGUGACCCUUCCAGAAACAGGGCAGCCACGUCCCCACGUUUGAAGUCUCCCCUGCGGAGAACUCAGGGGCAGCACGCUGUGCUGGCACACCAUCCUCGGGCACCUGCUCGGCUACCCCAGGACAGAGGUGAGGCGGCACGGGAGAGCUUGAGUGAGCGCACUGCCCACCGCCUGCUGGUCCUGGAAUGUUGCGGGUGACCCUCUCUGCUCCUCAGUUCGCCCGGCGUGAGAUCUAGAUCCUGGAGGCAGCUGACAGAGCAGAGGCCGUGGGCAGUAAAGUCUCCUGCGGGAUUUGGAAGCUUUUGGCCGGAUGGAGCCUGACACUUUGGUUCUUCUUCUUAGUCUCAUGAUUCCACUGACUCAUUACAUGACCUUGACCGCGACUUGGGCUUAAGAAUGUCAGUUUAAGUGCAGUCUAGGCUGACUGAUUGCAGGUGGGGGAAAGGCUGUUUGUAGUUGUUCUCCCUGCACUUGGGAUUCAUAUUGCUUUCUUUUCUUUUCUUUUUUUCUUUUUUCUUUUUUGAUAGGUAAGAAGUGGAUUUAUUUAGAGAGAAACACACUCCACAGAGUGUGGGCCAUCUCAGAAGGCGAGAGUGGCACCAGGGUACGGGGUUGUCAGUUUUUAUAGGAGCGGAUAAUUUCAUAGGUAAUGAGUGGGAGGUGUGUUCCAGCUAUCUGGGGGCAGGUAGCUUUCAAAGAAUGUGGGUGUGGAUUUGUUUACUUCUUUGUGUCUAGAUUCCUUUCGACAGAAGCUGAGAAAGUAUAAAGGAAAACAUUAAGGGCGAAGCUGCCCACUGUCCUUAAGUCGUGUCUUUGUCUCUCCUGUCACACGUGGUGGCUUCUCUCAGGUGCUCUGUCAUUUAGUGUCACUGCCGUGCCACAUCCUCUGAGAGGAGGCUUCGUUGAGUCUUCACAGGCACGCCCAGCUCUGCUGCGCUGUGUUUUGCCUUCCAGGAGUCACUGGCUGUUUCUGCCUUUGAGCCUGCACCCUUGUUCCCUUCUCUUCCUCCAGUGUCAUUACCUCAGAGGACUGGAUUGGGGAGACACACCAUACACCUAAUUAACAAUCUCUGCUUCUGAGCAUCUUCUUUUUUCCCCUUUUGUUUCUGAGGAAAUUUCAGCGGAAGCCUUCUUCGAAAUUUUAGCUUUCACGUGAGCGUCAAAAGCACUUAAACAAAUGGUGAUUGGCUGGUUGAAGAGGGUAUGGAGGAAAGGCUUCAUUCCCAGCUGCCGCUGUGUUCUGAAAGUAGCUGUGGCCUUGAGAGGGCAGCCGUGCUCAGGAGGGUCCUCAGGAUCAGAACUUCUUUCAUAAUAAGACUUUCGCAGCCUUCUUUGCUGUUGAUGUUUGCACUGAUGGUGCAGAAGCAGAGGUGGGUAAAACAGCUGGCGCCUUGGCAUGAUUCAGGACGGUGGCACCGAACUGUUAGUGGCCGCUGCAUCCUUCAUUACCAUCUACUUCCUGGGGGUGAAAAAGGCUCACUGCACUUAAGAAUGCCUUGAUGAGUUAGGAGAAAGCACUACUGUUGUUCAGUCUGGACCCUUCGAUGUUUGUCUUUACCAUCCUGUGUGGAAUGGGACGCACCCAGGAAGCACUUGUGCAGUGUCCCGGGCUGUGGUGGUCAUCUUGAGGAAAAGCGUGUGUGCAGUUGUUUGAGUUGUGAGCCAAACUAGCUGCUUUCUCUCGGGACACAGUUUUUAUUUGAAAGAAUGAUGACAGUCCAACUGUGUUUACUCAGACCUGGGCUUUUGACAAACAUUUUCCUGAAAAUGAACGAAGUGAAUGUGUCACUUCGUGAAAACAAUUUAAAAUAUUUGCUGUCAGUGAUCGAAUUUUCACUUGAAAGCACAGAUUUUAAUUUAGGAAAACUUAUAAUCUACCACUGUAAGCUUGACGGCUUCCCAGUUCUUAACAGACAUCUGGUGUGAGCAGGGGUGAUAUUAAACAAAUGUGACUUUAAAAAUAUUUUAUGAUACAAGUUUCAGUAUUUCAGAGAUCUGCUUAACUCAGUGAAACGAUAUUUUCUACCUGAUCACUGCAUGUUACGCAGUCAUGCGUGAAUAAAAGAUCCAUUCAGAGUCUAAGAUGGACCAGUGGAUUUUACUGUGACAGAGUGCGAAAGUUCAUGCUACAGGGACUUACCUGGUGGUGGAGUGAUUAAGAAUCUGCCUGCCAGUGCAGGGGACACGGGUCCGAUCCCUGGUCCACGAAGAUCCCACGUGCC